AUGUUACACAUUCUAGCUCUCACGAGCACGCUCCUCCUCCAACGGGUCACUGCCCACGGAGGAUGUCUCAAUUACACAGUCGGAGAUAUAUGGUACCCAGGCUACUCACCUUACGACGACCCCAUCCCACAGGACGCCGCCCCCUGGAUGCCACAACGAAAAUGGGUAACCAACGACCCGAUCUUCUCCCCAACCAACAUCUCCCUCGCAUGCAACGCUCCCGGCGAUCCAGCACGCGCCUACAUCCCUCUCCUCCCCGGCCAGCCCAUUACCGCCGUGUACAUGUAUUGGGUGCACACCGUCGGCCCCAUGAUCGCAUGGAUGGCGCGCUGCCCAUCCGACGACUGCCACACCACCGACGCAAGCCGCGUGUCGUGGUUCAAGAUCGGGCAGCGCGGGCUCGAGAGCGGGACCAUUGAGACUGGGACGUGGUUCCAGGGGAGUUUCUCCAGGUGGGAUGGGAGUCCUAGCUUGUGGACUGAGACUGUGCCCGAAGGGCUGCAGAAGGGGAGAUAUUUGAUCAGACAUGAGAUUGUGAGCUUGCAUAGUGCGGGGAAGCCGCAGUUUUAUCCGCAGUGUGCGCAUGUUGAGGUUGGUGGGGAGGGGGUGGAGAGUCCGGGGGAAGAGUAUCUGACUAGGAUUCCUGGGGUUUGGAGUAUGGAUCAGCCCGAGAUCAAUAUCGAUAUAUAUGCGCCUGGCAUUGCGAACAGAACAGUGUACAAUAUCCCUGGGCCACCAGUGUGGAAGGGAUAAUUUCAUGUACCGCUAGGUCAAACUGAAAACGCGCGUUCUCUUUUUUGCAUCAAAGUCACAGUCCUGACGCUAUGGUAUGAUUUUAGGAAGAUUUUCGUCCAUACAAACCAACAAAAACCAGUAUCAGCAAUACGCCUUGAGCGGGAAGUUCCGUACAGUAAUCACUU